AUGAUCCAUGGACGCGCCGUGUUGCACAUUGUAGCAAGUUUAAUCAUCCUUCACUUGUCUGGGGCAAGCAAGAGAGGAACAGAAAAGCAAGCCACCUCCGAAACACAGAAGUCAGUGCAGUGUGGGACCUGGACAAAGCAUGCAGAUGGAGGUGUCUUUACGUCUCCCAAUUAUCCCAGCAAGUACCCCCCGGACCGGGAGUGCAUCUACAUCAUAGAAGCCGCCCCCAGACAGUGCAUUGAACUUUAUUUUGAUGAAAAGUACUCAAUAGAACCUUCCUGGGAGUGCAAGUUUGAUCAUAUUGAGGUUCGGGAUGGACCUUUUGGCUUCUCACCAAUAAUUGGACGUUUCUGUGGCCAGCAGAACCCACCUGUGAUAAAAUCCAGUGGGAGGUUUCUAUGGAUUAAAUUUUUUGCUGAUGGCGAGCUGGAAUCCAUGGGAUUUUCAGCCCGAUACAACUUCACACCUGAUCCUGACUUUAAGGACCUUGGCGUUUUGAAACCAUUACCAGCUUGUGAGUUUGAGAUGGGCGGCCCCGAAGGAAUCGUGGAGUCUGUGCAAAUUAUGAAGGAAGGCAAGGCUUCCGCUAGUGAGGCUGUCGAUUGCAAAUGGUACAUCCGAGCACCGCCACGGUCCAAGAUCUACCUACGGUUCUUGGACUAUGAGAUGCAGAACUCCAAUGAGUGCAAAAGGAACUUCGUGGCCGUGUACGACGGCAGCAGCUCCGUGGAGGACCUGAAAGCCAAGUUCUGCAGCACCGUGGCCAACGACGUGAUGCUGCGCACCGGUCUCGGUGUGAUCCGCAUGUGGGCAGACGAAGGCAGCCGCAACAGCCGCUUCCAGAUGCUCUUCACAUCCUUUCAAGAACCUCCCUGUGAAGGCAGCACCUUCUUCUGCCACAGUAACAUGUGCAUCAACAACACACUGGUUUGCAACGGGCACCAGAACUGUGUGUACCCUUGGGAUGAAAAUCACUGUAAAGAGAAGAGGAAAGCCAACCUUCUGGACCAGCUGACCAACACCAGCGGGACCGUCAUCGGCGUCACUUCCUGCAUCGUGAUCGUCCUGAUCAUCAUCUCUGUCAUUGUGCAGAUCAAACAGCCUCGUAAGAAGUACAUCCCGAGGAAGCUAGACUUUGACCAGACGGUGUUCCAGGAGGUGUUUGAACCUCCACAUUAUGAGCUCUGCACUCUCAGAGGGACUGGGGCUACCGCUGACUUUGCCGACGUGGCAGAUGACUUUGAAAACUACCAUAAACUGCGGAGGUCAUCUUCCAAAUGCGUCCAUGACCAUCACUGUGGAUCACAGCUGCCCAGCACUAAAGGCGGUCACAGUAACCUCAGCACAAGAGAUGCUUCUGUAUUGACAGACAUGCCCCCACAGCCCGUCAAACCCCUCAUCCCACCCAUGAACAGAAGGAACAUCCUUGUCAUGAAACACAACUACUCACAAGAUGCGGCGGAUGCCUGUGACAUCGACGAGAUCGAGGAGGUGCCCACCACGAGUCACAGGCUGUCCAGACACGACAAAGCCGUCCAGCGGUUCUGCCUCAUUGGGUCUCUAAGCAAACAUGAAUCUGAAUACAACACCACUAGGGUCUAAAAAGAAAAAUCAAGAGAAGAACUGUUUAUACAAACAUGGGGACUGUGAAAAGGAAAUUCUUUAGUGAAUUGUGAAAAGUGGACACAUUUCUAAAUUCAUUCCAUGGCCUUUAUCCAAACUUAAGAAUCACAGACAGUUGUUAUCCCUUCGGCAAGACGUCCCGCUGCGCAGUGACAUGUUCAUUUCGUAAUUUGGUUGCUGGACACCAAGUGCUCCUUAGUUUCUUAAUAUGCUUUGAGAUUUACUGGAAACUUGAAGAAGAAAUUAGUUCCUGAUUAAGACGACCCCAACUGUGUUUUUACUGUUGGUUCCACUUUUGUUUCUAUGUUGUUUCGUGUCUUUGUUACAUAAUUGUACAUUGCGUGAUAUGUGAAAAAAACACGAUCAUGGAUGAACUUUGCAUUACAUGUGCAUUGUUUUCAUUAUAUAGACUGCUUGAGAAUAGAGAGCUCCUGAGUGAUAAUGAACAUGCUACCGCGAAAAGUGGAACUGUGGACCAUGGGAACACCAGCUAGAGGUUUACGGACUAUGAACACCUAUUGUUGUAUUGCAGUUAAAUGCAGCAAAGAGUAACGAGUAAACUGACUAGAUUGCAAUAAGAGAAACCUCGUUUUUGGCCUUUCCUGUAUACCCCAACACCCUCUUUUGUUUCCUAUCAAAGGAAGAUACCAAGUUUCAGAAACGGUUUGUGAAAUCAGGUAUUUUACCAUCGGUACCCUACAACAGAAGUGUUUUUUGAUGAAGCACUUAGCAAUCUGAGUGAAUUGACCAUUUGAGAAAAUACCCUGCAUGUCAGUACUGGAUAUUUGAGUUGGAGAAAUAUCCUUUUUCUUAGACAUUGUAAAAAGCAUGCAUCCUCCUGCUGUUACUCUUCCAUUUCUUUAUGUCAUAUGCUUGCCACUUGUAACUUUUUAUAUAAAGAUCUAUAAAAGUGUGUAAUAAUUUCCUAACUUAAGAGACAUGUUUUCUUCUUUGCAGUACAAACAAACUGAGUUACGGAAGUACACACAUUAUAUACACACUUCUACCUAUUAGGUGACCAGAUGUCCACAGUAUUGAGGCUUACUUCCUCCAUAUUUGAUUCCCUGAAGGCUUACACAAUUAUGUUCUAGUUUUGAAAGAGGAAAGCCUUUUUCAAGUGCUUUAAAAUCAUACGCCAUUUUAUGACCGAAAUCAUGUCCUUCUGAAUUAAUCUUACACUCAGG